AGUAAUGUCUAUAGCCGUUAAUGCAGUUAAUGAGGCCAAGGCGUGACUUGAAGGCCGUUGGUGAAUGCACAAUAAUCCUUUUUGCUCCUUUUAUUGCACAGCUAUGGCCAUGUUUCAUGUUUCUAUGGUGACUGACAAUUUAAACAGUUUGAACAAUAGGGUUCAAGUGUCUCCAUAGCCUGUUUUCACACUCUGGUUUAGGCAGCUGGAGCCACUGCAAGUCUGAUAAGGUAAGGGCUGGAUAGAAAAAUGCAAUGUUUAGAUAGAACAGGAUCAAGUAAAGCACCGAGAACUACUGGUUCGAAUAGCUUUUAGGCUUCAUUUUUUUUCCAAGAAGCAUUUUGUAUGUAAAAAAAUUUAAAAAUACAUCUAAAUUCAGUAGUGAAAUGAACAUUUUUACUAAUAUACACUUAUGUUUGAAAGGAUUUUCAAAUAUACCUGAAACUGGCAGCAAGUUCUAAAGCAACUGAUUCCUCACACAGAAACACCUUUCAAAGUAAAGUGGAGUUUGAAGGAAUGCUUUGCGAAGGCUUGGUAAAAAUUCACCAUGGACUUUUACGAGCAAAAGAUAGCGGUCAAGAAUUUCCAUGUUCAAAGUAUGAUAGUCAUUUUUCUGCUAAGUACACCAAAGAAUAUUGGGCUUUUCUUAAAAAGCAUAGGAAUAUGUAUCAUGGGUUGGAUAAGGAGACAAUGGAAUUAAUGCAAGAUAUUUUAUCCAGAAGAGAACUAAGAGAUGAUGAUAUUGGGAUGUAUGCAUUGGGGAUUAAGGCACUGACAGCAAUGCCACCAAAUGGAAAUGAUGACAUAGAACUGGAAAACUCUCAGGAGGACCUUAAUGCCAGAAGGAACUCCCAUCCUCCAAACGGUUUCUCUGAUCAUUCAGAUGUAAAAACAGCAGUGUCAAUUUCUUCAGGUGAAAAGGUAUGCGAUUUGAAAGGGACACAGCCUGAAUUUAUUUGUGUUUUGAAAGAAAAACUGCAACAAAAAGAUAGAGAAAAUCAACAGAUCGUUCAUUUACUCAUGCUAAAACACCAUGAGCUGACUGAAGUCACAAAGCUGAGGGACACUGAGGCCCAGCUCAUGACCGAAAGGCUGAAAUAUGAAGAACAGAAGAAAUUUGAGAUGACCAAGAAAUUUAACCAUGUCUUUGAGGACAUGCAAAAGCAACUUUCUAUGUCAAAGAGCAAAAAUGAACAUAGUAUCAGGCAGCUCUGGGCAAUUCUGGAGAAAUAUGAACGGCUUAAAAGACGUGUUGACAACAUUAAGAAACAUCUGUUAGAGGAACGUACAGAGAGAAAGAAUUGUCAAAAAGAAUUAAAGAAGACACAACACAUGACGGAAGAGUUAUUAAUGAAUCAGGUUCUUCUGGAGGAACAGAGGGACACGGCAAAACAAGAGUACUCCGAAUUCAAGAAGAACAUGAACACAAUGGAGGAGCAACACAAUAAUCUUGUUAGGACUAUACAGAAACUUGAAAACGAGAGAUCAUCUAUGAGAGCUGAUUAUGGAAACCUUAAAGCUCAGUUAAGUACUACUCAGGAAGAGAACCAGAAGCUCACUCAAGCACUUCAUUCUAAAGAGCUAGAAAAGACACAAGCUGAAAAAAAUGCCCAGGAAUCUCAAAAGCUGGUUAAACAAUUGCAUGAAAAACUUAAAGACUGCAAAAUGCAAAGAGAAUCUGCUGAGGAACAGCAGGAUACAAUAAAAAAAGAAUUAAAAUUAAUUCAUGAAAGAUAUAAAGUGAAGACACUUCAGCUACAGGAGCAACACAAGUCCUGUAUGGAGCUGCUAGAAGCUAAGAGAACAGAGUGUGAGGCUUUAAGUGAAGACGUCUCCAAAUUGAAAAAGGACAAGCAUGCGAUUCAGGAAGAGUUGCAAUGCUUGCAGAAAGAAAAGGAAAAGUCUGAGAUUGAGAGCAAAAAGGAAGCGGAGAGAAUGAGAGAUGCUGUGAGUCUGCUAAAGCAUGAGAGAAAGCUGCUUCUGGAUGAAAUGGGAGAUCUGAGAAAGGAUUACUUUAGUCUCAGUGAUCGCAUCACACAGAGACUUGAACAACUGGAACAGACAGACGCACCCAUGUACAUCACAGACAUAUCGUCCAGUCAUCAAUUCAGAGCAGCCAAGACAAAUAACACAGUUAGCCAAUUCACAUCAAACAUGGACAUGAUUGAACAUAUAAGGAGGAAACUGGAGGACGAAGAAAACACCCAGCAGAAAUAGGAUGCUCCCAAGAGACAUUCGAGGGUGCUGUAAAUUUGAUAUUAUUUUAAGCAAUGAUAAUUUAAGUUUUUACCAGAUAAUUAGUUAUUUACCUUUGAGAAUGAAGUAAUAAUUUUGAAACACUGAUGAAAAUGCAUUAAGGUGUGCAAUCAUUUGCCCUUAACUGUAAAUUAGUAUUAGCAUAAUGUUCCUAACCAAGUAUCUAGUCAGUAUGUAUACACUCAACAUUUCAUAACAAGCACAGCAGGAAUUUCAUCUGUACAUAUUUACUUUUUAUAAUGAAAACUACCAAUAGCUUGCAGAAAGAAAAGGCAACUUGUCUUAUACUGCUCUUAUUAGGGCUAUAAGAGGUAUAAUAAUAAAAAGUAACACUGAAAAAAAAU